CGGAUGUUUUCAACACUCAAGAUUCAAGAUGGCGACAGUUGAAGGGGUUUGAAGCUGGGAUAUUUUAUCUAUUAUUUCAAAAGACUGAUAGAUCAUCAUGUUUGCCAAGAAGAAGAAACGGCCAGAAAUCUCUAGUCCUAUCAACUUUGAGCACCGCGUACACACUGGGUUUGACACUCUUGAAGGGAAGUAUGUGGGCCUACCACCUCAAUGGGCAAGCAUCAUCGGGAACGCCCGGAGACCACAGCCCAUCAUUGACCCCAUGGAGGUCACUUCCACAGAGGCUGCACCACACAAGUCAAUAAUCCGAGGAGGGGACCAGAGGUCACAGAUCAGCAAUGGCUACCAGACAAAUGCUGGCAAUAUCACAGUGGCAAGAUCAAACUCAUUACGGAAAAGCCCCCCAACCAUGCGCAGGGGCGACCUCAUGCGAGGUGAAAACGUGCCACCAACAGUGCACGAGUCAGGGCAGAUGUCUCCUGGGGGUUAUGGGGGCGGCUACAGGCAGGACUAUCCACCUCCUUAUCAGCCAAAUGAUCCCUAUGGUAGUUAUCCCAGGAACACAAGGGGGGAGUACCCUGGGGAACACAGAGACAUGGGGUACCCUGGGGGACCAGACCCUAGGGACUAUGAUUAUCAUCAACAACAGAGGGAUGGGCGUGCCCCCCCACCCAGGAGAGAUGACCCCCAUUACCACCACAACCAGUAUCCACCUAACACAGCCAAUGGAGGAAAUUCUACAUUACCUCGGCAACAGCCCCAGCCCCAGCAUAUGGGCAAACCACAGAUGCCCACUGGGCCUCAACAGUAUGAUAGGGGCUCACCUCCGAAUAAACAGCCUCAUCAACAACACUCUCCAAUGCAGCCGUCACCGCCCAUGGGUGUGCAUCAGUCGCAAUCGCCGUCGCCUCUGCCACAAUCAGGGGGCAAACCUGCUCAAGGCAAACCUCAGCCUAACCCAGAAACCCAAAGGUUGUCACAUGAACAGUUCCGUGCUGCUCUGCAAAUGGUAGUUAGCCCAGGCGACCCGCGGGAAAUCUUGGACCGGUUUACAAAAAUUGGAGAAGGUUCUACAGGCAUUGUUUGUAUCGCAGCAGAGAAGAAAACUGGCCGCCAGGUUGCGGUUAAAAAGAUGGACCUACGGAAACAGCAGAGGAGGGAGUUGUUGUUUAAUGAGGUGGUGAUCAUGAGAGAUUAUCAUCACCCCAACAUUGUAGAUAUGUAUGAUAGUUUCUUGGUUGAGGAUGAGUUGUGGGUGGCAAUGGAAUUCCUCGAAGGCGGUGCUCUUACAGAUAUAGUGACUCACUCAAGGAUGGAUGAACAACAGAUAGCCACAGUGUGUAAAUCAUGUCUAAAGGCGCUUGCCUUCCUGCACUCCAAUGGAGUCAUCCAUCGAGAUAUCAAGUCAGACUCCAUAUUGCUGUCCCAUGAUGGGAAGGUGAAACUGUCUGACUUUGGCUUCUGUGCUCAAGUGACGCCCGAACUCCCAAAGAGGAAGUCCCUGGUGGGAACCCCCUACUGGAUGGCUCCAGAGGUCAUCUCAAGGCUGCCCUAUGGACCUGAGGUGGAUAUCUGGUCCCUGGGCAUCAUGGUUAUUGAGAUGGUGGAUGGUGAGCCUCCUUUCUUCAAUGAGCCCCCACUUCAAGCCAUGAGGAGGAUACGGGAUAUGCCUCCUCCAAAACUGAAAAACCCACAUAAGGUGUCUCCCCGUCUGCAGGGAUUUAUCGAGAAGAUGCUGAUGCGUGACCCAGCCCAGCGCGCCACUGCAUUUGAGUUGCUCCAGCAUCCGUUCCUGCGCCAGUCUGGCCCCUCCAGCUGCCUGGUGCCCCUGAUGCGGAGCUUCCAUCACAGCCCUUGCUGAACACCUGGCCAGCACGUCCACACACAUGAAGUCCUUGUUAUUGCUGCAUGAUCUUAGGAGUUAGAUUGUGAGCAUUGGUCUUAGCCCCAGCCUGCUGAGAUUGGAUGCAGUGUAGUCUCAGACCUGCCAUAGACACAGCGGGGAAAAUUACUUUUUAUUUAUUUAUGUGAUUUUUUGUGUCAACUUUCGUAUUUAACAGUCAGUUGUAGUAGUAUUGAACAUUGGCAGUAAAUGUUGCCUGCAACAGGUCAUUUUUAUUGUCAUAUUCAUGUUGUCAUAAUAAUGCAUUCAACAGAAGAAAAAUGUAGCCUUGGGGAUGGGUAAUGGUCACCGAUGUGUAUGAUAUGCAGUUGUUCAAACUGUUGAGAAAAAGAAAGAUUCGGUGAGUGAAUGAAUUUUGUAUUUAUGGCAGGUACAUAAGGUGUGGCCAAAAUGUGGAGACAUUGUGCAGUAAAAAAAAAUAUUAUGCCAUUUUUGUGGAAUACACAUAAAAUGAUCAGGGGGUCAAAAGAUGUACAGAUGCAGUCCAUAGAAUAUUUAAAUGGUUACUCUCAUUGCUGUCUAGUAUUACAUAUAGUUGCUAGCAGGCUUCUUUAUUGUGCAUGAAAGCAUGUUGUACUUCCAUUAUAAGUAACCUGAGCUGAUCGUUGUACAACUCUGGUGGAGACGGAGUGGAGACGAGAAGCAUUAUAAUAGACAAUCUGAUUGGAUGAUUGCAGUAAAAAUUAGUAAAACACAAGGGUGUUCUUGGAAAGAUCAUCUCUAAACAAAGUGGAUUUGACAGGACUGCAAAUGACGUUUUAAGAGAGAAAUGGGUAAUUAUAUUGUUUUUUGUUACCUGGAAAAGGAUUGAAAUUGUAAGAGAAUACUGACAGUUUGGUUUUACAUAUAUACGCAUGCAUUUUUUAAUGAAAUGAUACACAUAGAAAUGACGGCUCUUUUAAGCCUUUCAUGUUAACAUUUGUAAAGAGAGGGGCAGAAACCUUGUGUUUUCAGUUUAUUGAACUUAUAUUAAAGCAAUAUGGGUGACUAAUGAUCAUGUCUACCUUUUCUGUAAAAGAUGUACAGACCUUGUAUUAGUUCAGUGACUUAAUAAUAUAUAUAUAUUAAGAUUUGAGGAGGAAAUAUUUUAGUGUUACAAUAAUAGAAAUGCCACAAUUUCAUUCAUUUUCAUAAAAUAUUAGAAAAUGUGCAAGUGAUAGGAGGAAAGUAUUUUUGUUUGUAUGUAGAAGUACAUUCAAAGUGAAGACAUCAUGCCGGACUUGGAGAAGAUCAACAUAAUGUAAUAUAAUGUGUACAUUUUGAGUAUUAGUUUUAGAAAAGAAAGUUUAAACUUCCAUCAAGGUUAAUAGAUGUAGAUAGUUAGUAGAUGGUAAUAUUAUAUAAUAUAUGCAGUAAGCCUCUCCUGACAUAUCAAAUAAAAACCUCGUUCUUAUCAUGGGCUUGUCCAGCUAGGUCACAAUGCAGCUGAACAUUAGAAGUCCAUAUUUGGAAAAGGGGCAACGCAUCUAAACGUCCAGCUAAAGUGAUACUUAAAGUGAUGCUGAAUUUCCAUCCUGCAAGUGAUUUUAAUAGGGAAAAUCUAUUUUGUCUACCAACCUUAUGCUAUAUAGAUUUUUUUUAAUUAAUUUUUUUUAAUCACCAGAAAGUGUGCUUGAUGAAAAGGUCCAAAUGGGAAAUGAAAGUAUUUUUCAUUGUAAAUUGUAUGAUAUUGUUUGACAUAUUACUUUUCUGACCAUAUUUGGAUUUGAUAUUACAAGAGACUAUGGUUUCAGUUAAAUAGUCUUCUUGAAGUUUUUUGUCUGGAUGACAACAAAGAGGUUUCCUGUAUAUGUACUUGUUCAUCAGUGAACAUAUACCCUGUUUAUUAGAAAGAGAAAACAACUGCCGUGGUACCUGGAAUGUUGCCGCUGAGUUAAAUGUGAACGAUACGUCAUUGGAGGCUGCAAUUUAUCAGUUAUUGAUAUUGAUAUAAUUUCACUUGAUGGGUGGAGGAUAUGUGGUAGAGAUCAACAGAUCACGCCGUUUUGCCUGGUAUGGUAUUGUUUGAUAAUUCGUAAGGUAUUUCCAUGGAUUCGCAUAUCAUUUUAUAGCUUUGGCUUUUAGAAAGGUGUCCAUUUACAUUGUGGCAAGAAUGGACCGCCGUGCCGUGCCCACCCAUGAACUGGACUUGUCGUAUCUAUUUAUUUAUUUUAGCUAGUGACAGUCAGAAUAUACCUAUUGACCCUGGCCCAUGCCCCAGUACGAAUCGGUCAUUUUGUUGCAUUCCCCAUUAGUUUGGGAAGUGGGAUUUCAAUUGAACGUCUUAGUGCUGCGUUGGGAAGCCCCUGGAAAAGUCGGUAAAGUUGAUAGAGAUGUUGGGUUUCUCUAAUGCUCAGAGGAUUAAUUAAUUCCGCGCCCCCGCCUCCUCCUCCCACAGAUUUUAAUACCGUGUAUAAUAUCGACGAAAGCUUCCCCUUUUGUGUAUUCCAAAGUGCAUAUUUGUACUUUACCAAUGUAGUAUAGUACACCAUUGCAUGUGUUUAUAUGAUGUAUGAUUGCAUGUAUGUAUGAUUGAUUCGCGCGUGAACUACUUGUCGUUUCACAGUAAAACUGCAGUUUUAAUAUGUUAAGGGACGGCUCUGCACACGACCUGCCACUUUCAGUGACAGCAUCGGAAAGCUAUUAUCAGAAUUAAAAUUACCCAGGGAAAUAUCUGACCGACUUCUCCCUUGCGCUGAAGGGAUGACUUGCCGGCUUCUGUACUAAUAAAUGCAUUUUAAUUUCAUUUGAUACCGAAAAAGAAUCUGUCAUAAUCCAUUUGUACACUAUUUAUGUAUUUUCGAGUUUAUAAUGAUAAUGAUAACAAUAACCUCUAGCGGUGCAUGGAUUCUAGAACGUAGAAACUCGUUUAAUAUAUUAAGCCACGGUAGACAUUUAAAAUGCUUGAUAUUUUAUUACAUCUAUAUUGUAUUUACAGAUCUUUUACAAAUACAGAUAAUAUUGCA